AUGGGGGCGGGCAAUGGUACCUUGAUGCUUAACAUUCUUGACUACAUCCGGGAGGUUGACCCCGAAGUGUAUCAGCGAACCAAGUUCAAAAUAAUUGAAAUUUCCUCUCAUCUCGCAGAUACACAACAGAAAACCCUAAACGGAUCGAUCUAUGACGAUGGCCAUCGUGGCCAUGUUGAAAUCAUAAAUCGCUCCAUAUUUGAAUGGGACACUUACGUCCAUUCCCCGUGCUUUUUCCUUGCCCUUGAAGUUUUUGAUAAUUUCGCGCACGAUGCAAUUCGAUACGACCUGCAAACAGGCCAGCCUCGACAAGGAUGUGUUCUAGUUGAUUCCGAUGGUGAAUUCUAUGAGUACUACGUUGCUAAUCUAGACCGUUCUGCGUCUCGAUUUCUGCGCAUUAGACAAGCGGCUGCCCGCCGGCCAUUCUCCACUCCACUACGUUCGCGCAUGUGGAGGACUAUCCAAUCCUCGUUUCCAUUCGCCGCCAACAUGACAUUACCAGAAUACAUACCCACAAGACUGAUGGAGUUUUUCUACAUAUUACACAAUUACUUUCCUGCCCAUCGGCUUGUUGCUAGCGAUUUUGACAGUCUUCCAGAUACAACACCCGGUUAUAACGCGCCUGUAGUACAAACACGAUAUCAACGAAGAACUGUUCAAGUCAUGACCCCUUAUGUCCACCAAGGCUAUUUUGAUAUAUUUUUCCCGACAGAUUUCACUGUAAUUGAAGAUGUGUACCGUGCUAUCACUGGGAAGUUGACUCGGCUAUCCACCCACGAAGAUUUUAUGAGGCGAUGGGCAUAUGCGGAGGAUACACAGGCCAAAAGUGGUGAGAAUCUGCUUUUAACAUGGUAUAAGAAUGCCAGUGUGCUUGUUACAGUAUGA